AUGCCAUCACAAAAUAAAGCAAAACAAGUGCCCGAAAAGGAAAGGUUUAUUCAAUGUUGUGCCGAUAUUUCACUCGACUUGGUUGCAUCCUUAAAAUCAUCAAAAGAUAUCAACUUGAAUGGACUUAUUACCCGAUAUGCCAAAAAACAUAAACUCAAGAGUCAGCCACGAUUAACUGAUAUUAUAUCCUCGAUACCUGAUCAACAUAAAAAAUACCUUAUACCUAAAUUGAAAGCUAAGCCCGUACGUACGGCUUCGGGGAUUGCGGUUGUCGCUGUCAUGUGUAAACCCCAUAGAUGUCCUCAUAUUGCUUAUACUGGUAACAUUUGUGUUUAUUGUCCUGGAGGACCUGAUUCAGAUUUCGAAUAUUCAACCCAAUCUUAUACGGGUUAUGAACCUACUUCAAUGAGAGCCAUUAGAGCAAGAUACGAUCCUUACGAGCAAGCUAGAGGUAGAGUUGAUCAGUUGAGGCUGUUGGGUCAUUCCAUCGAUAAAGUGGAGUAUAUUAUUAUGGGAGGUACUUUUAUGUCGUUACCAAUCGAUUAUCGUGAGAAUUUCAUUACCCAAUUACACAAUGCCCUUACUGGUUUCAAUGGUAAAGACAUUGAUGAAGCCAUUGAGUUUUCUCAACAAUCACAAACCAAAUGUGUAGGUAUCACCAUUGAAACAAGACCAGAUUAUUGUACCGAAACACAUUUAAGCGAUAUGUUGAAAUAUGGAUGUACGCGAUUGGAGAUUGGUGUACAAAGUGUUUAUGAAGAUGUUGCUAGAGAUACUAAUCGUGGUCAUACUGUCAAAGCUGUUUGUGAAACAUUCGCAGUUGCAAAAGAUGCAGGUUACAAAGUAGUUAGUCAUAUGAUGCCUGAUUUACCUAAUGUAGGAAUGGAACGAGAUUUGGAGCAAUUUAAAGAGUAUUUUGAAAACCCUGAUUUCAGAACUGAUGGAUUAAAGUUAUACCCUACAUUGGUCAUUAGAGGUACAGGGCUAUAUGAGUUAUGGAAACAGGGGUUGUACAAGUCUUACAAUGCCAAUGCAUUGAUUGACUUAGUUGCUAGGAUAUUAGCAUUGGUUCCACCAUGGACUCGUAUCUACCGUGUGCAAAGAGAUAUCCCCAUGCCCCUCGUCACAUCGGGUGUUGAAAAUGGUAACUUACGUGAAUUGGCCUUGGCAAGAAUGAAGGAUUUCGGUACAUCAUGUCGUGAUGUACGUACACGUGAAGUUGGUAUUCAAGAGGUUCAUCAUAAAGUUGUUCCUGAUCAAGUUGAACUAAUUCGUCGUGAUUACUAUGCCAAUGGCGGUUGGGAAACAUUUUUAAGUUAUGAAGAUCCAAAACAAGAUAUCCUUAUUGGAUUGUUACGUUUAAGAAAAGCUAGCAAGAAGUACACUUAUAGAAAGGAGUUCACAAAACAACAAACUUCUAUAGUUAGGGAGCUACAUGUUUAUGGAUCAGUUGUUCCUUUGCAUUCUAGAGAUCCAAGGAAAUUUCAACAUCAAGGAUUUGGUACAUUAUUGAUGGAAGAAGCAGCAAGGAUUGCUAAAGAAGAACAUGGUUCACUGAAGAUUAGUGUUAUCUCCGGGGUUGGUGUAAGGAACUAUUAUGCUAAAUUGGGGUAUGAGUUAGACGGCCCGUACAUGUCAAAGAUGCUUUAG